AUGUUAAAAUUAGAAUCAACAGAUCAUCGUUUAGUACAACAGGUUUAUGAUUUAAAACCAAAUAAACAACAAAUUCGUUCAAUUCGUAAUAUAUGGAAAGCAAUUCAAAAUAAAAAACAAAUGGAAGAACAAAUUGAAAUAUUAAAACAUCGUAUUCAUUCUAAUUGUUUACCACCAGCAUUCAAUCUUCUUGAUUAUUUACUUGAUAAAAAACUUACUAGAUCAAAACAAUCAACUACUGAUGAUAAUGAUAAUAAACAACAAACAAUAUUAAAUGCACGUCGUUUAAAAAAAAUUGGUCGAUUUAAAUAUGAUUUACUUGAAUUAAGUAUAGCAGCUGCUGAAGAUAAAGUACGAUAUUAUGAUAAAAUAGCAAAAAAAGAAGAAAAGAAAUUAAUAAUGAUUACAGAUAAAUUAAAGAAACAAAAUUCCAGUUCUGAUACAUUCAAACAAUUAAUGGCAGCUAUUGAAGUACGUCAAAAACAGAUGAUCGAACGUGCUGAUUAUAUUACACAACAAAAAAUGAAAUCUUUUUUCGACAAAGCUCCGACGUCACAAGACAAUACAAUGGACACCGAUGGCACAAUUAUAUCAUUAUCCAAUGAACAACUACUUAUUAUCAAUAAAGGUUUAAAAUUUAUUCCACCAUGUCAAAGUCGAUUCUUUUACAAGGAGCCUAUAGAAAAAAUUAUUGAUCAAGAAUACAAGUGGCUUCAUACUGAAAAUUGUAAAAAUCUUACUAAUUAUACGUUUUUAACAAAUGAUACACGUGCAACGAAUUUUUUUUCGGAAAUGAAAAUUUUACUUCAACAACUACAUACUAAACCACUAUCUAAAAAACUCAAAGCCAAUGCUCGAUAUAUUUAUGAAAUGAUCAAAUCAAUGCAACGAAAAUUACGCAAAGCUAAUAUUGCUGUUGGACAAACGGAUAAAAGUAAAUUAUUUUUCUUUAUUGAUACACAAGAAUACGAAGAAAAAAUUACAAAUUAUAUGAAUAAAACUAAUGCUUAUCGAGAAAUUACGAGUGGUAUUUGUCCAUUAGCUGAUGAUUUACAUUUGGUUAUAUUAUUACUUGAUCAUUUACACGAAAGGAAUGAAAUUACCAAUGAACAAUACAAACAAAUGUAUCCGAAUUUAAAAACAUUGGAAUUAGCCCAUAUUUAUUUCAAUCUUAAAGUACUUAAGCCUGAAAUAUCAGUCCGACCUAUUGUUGCUUCAAUCAAUGCACCAGCUAGACUAAUAUGUAGUUUUCUUGAUCAACUUCUUACUUCAAUGUAUAAUUAUGUAACAAAAGAUAUUACAUUUAUUAAUAGUAUAGAUCUUAUUCAAAAAUUAAAACAAUAUGAACAGAAACGUUAUCUUACUUCAACAACAUUAUUUGUUAUAUUUGUCGUCACUGAUUUAUAUACAAUGAUACCACGUGAUGGUGCUAUUUCUGCUUUAAGACGGUUCUGUAAUAAAUAUUCUGUUAAUGGCAAAAUUGGAAAUCUCAAAGUAGAAACAAUUAUUAAAUUAGCAUCUGUUGUUUUAGAUACAAAUUCAUUUGCAUAUAAAGAUAAAUAUUAUCGACAAAUUAAAGGUGGUGCUAUGGGUUCACCAUUUACUAUGUUUCUCGCCAAUAUUUAUAUGUUAGAAUGGGAACAAAAAUUAAUACAACAUUAA